AAGUCCAAGCUAGAAGUUAUAAAAUUGAAGUAGACGACAAUUUAGAUACCUCAUCAUCAAAUUUCUCUGAUCUAGUUUCAUUCUUGCAUUCGUUGAACUUGUAGUCCUUAUCUCUACUCAAAUCUCAUAUCAUCUUGCAGAGUCCAUGACCGUGUUCCUAUUCAAAAACUUCCUUACUCAUUUCUUUCUUUUAGUCUUCUUUCGCCUUCCAGCGGUAAACUCUAUCUUUUUUAACAUAUCAAGCUUUGGACCUCAGACCAGUGACAUCAUACUGGAAGGUGAUGCUACUACUAAGAUUGGUACUGUUGAAUUGAUCAAUGAAUACACUUACACUUGUCGUGUUGGUCGAGCUACUUAUGCCAAACGUGUACCACUUUGGGACUCGACCACCGGAGUUCUGACAGACUUCACCACUCAUUUCACCUUUUCCAUUGACACCUUAAAUAAAACACCCUAUUCUGCUGGGCUUGCUUUCUUUGUUGCUCCUGUUGGUUAUCCAAUUCCUCCAAAUUCAGCUGGUGGAUUUCUAGGUCUUUUCAAUACCACCACAACUGGUGAUACAUCUCACAAUCAGAUAAUUCAUGUUGAAUUCGACUCCUACCCAGAUCCUGAGUGGGAUCCAGAUUUUAGACAUGUUGGGAUUAAUAAUAAUUCCAUCAAGUCUACUGUCGUUGUUCCUUGGAAUGCUAGCUUACAUAGUCUGGAAACUGGAAAUGCUUGGAUCACUUAUAACGCUACUAAGAAGAACCUCAGCGUGUAUUGGACGUAUGAUAAGAGUCCUGUUUAUCGUGGAGAUUCUCUUCUUUCGUACCAAAUUGAUUUGAAACAGAUUCUUCCAGCAUGGGUUACAGUAGGAUUCUCUGCAACAACUGGUAUAUAUAGAGAGCGAAAUAUUCUUUUGUCAUGGGAUUUCUCUUCGACUUUGGAAGUUCAGGAAAGAGAAGUACCAUCUGGAAAGCCAAAUGUCAAAUUGAUUGUUGGAUUGUCUGUUUCCGGAACUGUUUUGGUAGGAUGUGUUCUUGCUUUAGCUGUGGUGUGGCUGUUGAGGUCGAAAAGACGACGAGCUAGAAAACAGAAAGAGAAGGUUAAUAUCACAUCUGACUUUGAAAGAGGAGCUGGUCCAAAGAGGUUCUUGCUCAGAGAACUAGUUUCAGCAACAAACAACUUCUCCGAGGAAAGAAAACUUGGAGAAGGUGGAUUUGGAGGCGUCUACAGGGGAUUUAUAAAUGAAAUGGAUUUGGAAAUUUCUGUAAAGAAGAUAACCAGGGGGUCUAGACAAGGUCAGAAGGAGUACAUAACUGAGGUCAGGAUUAUUAGUCGAUUGAGACACAGGAAUUUGGUGCAGCUCAUUGGUUGGUGUCACGAGAGUGGCGAGUUUCUACUUGUCUAUGAAUUGAUGCCUAAUGGUAGUCUAGAUUCUCAUCUGUUCGGCCGAAGAACCCCUCUUAUGUGGGAUGUCAGAUACAAAAUAGCUCUUGGGUUGGCCUCUGCACUGCUCUACCUUCAUGAAGAAGGAGAGCAAUGUGUAGUCCAUCGUGAUGUCAAGUCAAGCAACAUAAUGCUGGAUUCCAAUUUCAAUGCAAAGCUCGGUGAUUUUGGUCUAGCUAGGCUCAUGGAUCAUGAACUAGGUCUCCAAUCGACUGGGUUAGCUGGGACUUUGGGUUACUUAGCACCAGAGUACAUAAACACUGGCAAGGCUAGCAAAGAAUCUGAUGUCUUCAGCUUUGGAGUAGUGGCUUUAGAAAUUGCUUGUGGUAGAAAAUCAGUUGAUUGUAUGGAAAAGGUUUCUGAUACAGGGUUAGUAGAGUGGGUUUGGGACCUAUAUGGCAGAGAUGCAGUCUUGGCUGCAAUUGACCAUAAACUAAACCUAGAGUUCGACGCAAACCAAGCCGAAUGUUUGAUGGUUGUUGGCUUAUGGUGUGCACACCCUGAUCGAAGUUUCAGACCUUCAAUCCGACAAGCAAUUCAGGUUCUUAACAUGGAAGCAAGUAUUCCAACUAUCCCUACCAAAAUGCCAGUUCCUUCGUAUCAUGUACCUGAACUGGAUCUUAUUUCUGGUGAACCAACUUACAUCACUAGUACAAGCAUUGACAUGGGCCGCUAAAUUUAGACUUAACAUUUAGCUUGUUGAGUUAAAUAACACUUUUGGUUUGGCUAAUAUUCAGCUGCUAUUUAUGAACUGUCCG